CCGGCGUCUGAACCGCCCAGGCGGCCGGCUAGGUGCGUCUCGGGGCUGACGCGGCCGCCGCGGGCAGAGCGAGCGGGCCGAGCCACCUGCGGUGCGGGCUGGGGCUUUUUAUUUACUAGGGAACACUGUUUCCCGGAGGGGGGGACCGGGAGCGCGCAGCGGCGCGCACACACACGCGCGCGCGCACCGACACAAACGCUGGCGCGCCGGGUCUCCGCUACCGCAGCCCAAGCCCGCAGAGCGGAGCCGCUGCGGUUUAUCUUACCCCGGGCGUCGUGGGGCGAAGCAGAACCAUUGUGCAUCGGCGAGAGCCCGGUGCCUGCGCUGCCACGUCGGGUACAAAACCACGCAGACCGCUCAACCCACCGGCAGCUGGAAUGCUUGCUGAUCCUUCCGUUGACUUCUAAGACCGGGAGCCUGAGGACCCCAGCUGGAGAAUGCCUUCUGAACGUUGCCUCAGUAUUCAAGAAAUGCUGACAGGGCAGAGGCUCUGCCACUCAGAAUCUCACAAUGACAGCGUCCUGGCUGCACUGAAUCAGCAGAGAAGUGACGGCAUACUCUGUGAUGUCACCCUGAUUGCUGAGGAACAGAAAUUCCAUGCUCACAAGGCAGUCCUGGCAGCAUGCAGCGACUAUUUCCGGGCAAUGUUCAGCCUCUGUAUGGUGGAAAGUGGAGCUGAUGAGGUGAAUUUACAUGGCGUGACCAGCCUUGGUUUAAAGCAGGCUCUGGAGUUUGCCUACACAGGACAGAUUUUGUUGGAGCCAGGUGUGAUCCAGGAUGUAUUAGCGGCUGGCAGCCACCUACAGCUGUUGGAGCUUCUCAAUUUAUGUUCCCACUAUCUCAUCCAGGAAUUAAAUAGCUUUAAUUACUUGGAUCUGUACAGACUUGCUGACCUCUUUAACCUCACUUUGUUGGAGAAGGCAGUGGUCGAUUUCUUAGUGAAACAUCUCUCUGAACUCCUGAAGAGCCGCCCAGAAGAUGUUCUGACGCUUCCUUAUUGCCUGCUGCAGGAGGUCCUGAAGAGUGACCGGCUGACGUCGCUGAGUGAAGAGCAGAUCUGGCAGCUAGCUGUGAGGUGGUUGGAACAUAACUGCCAUUACCAAUACAUGGAUGAGCUUCUGCAGUACAUCCGCUUUGGCCUCAUGGACGUGGAUACUCUCCAUACAGUUGCCCUGUCACACCCCCUGGUCCGGGCGAGUGAGACUGCAACAGCCCUUGUCAACGAGGCCCUGGAAUACCACCAGAGCAUCUAUGCACAGCCCGUCUGGCAGACCUGCAGGACCAAACCACGCUUCCAGUCAGACACUCUGUAUAUCAUUGGUGGGAAAAAGCGUGAGGUCUGUAAAGUCAAGGAACUUCGCUAUUUUAAUCCUGUUGACCAGGAGAAUGCUCUCAUAGCUGCUAUUGCCAACUGGAGCGAGCUGGCUCCCAUGCCAGUGGGAAGGAGCCAUCACUGCGUAGCAGUCAUGGGGGACUUCCUGUUCGUAGCAGGAGGGGAAGUGGAGCAUGCCAGUGGCAGAACGUGUGCUGUGAGGACUGCUUGUCGCUAUGACCCCCGCAGUAACUCCUGGGCGGAGAUAGCACCUAUGAAAAACUGCCGGGAGCACUUUGUAUUGGGUGCCAUGGAUGAGUACCUCUACGCAGUCGGGGGCAGAAAUGAACUACGGCAAGUUCUGCCUACAGUUGAGCGAUACUGCCCCAAGAAGAACAAAUGGACUUUCGUGCAGUCCUUUGACCGAUCCCUUUCAUGUCAUGCUGGAUAUGUGGCUGAUGGUCUUCUUUGGAUAUCAGGUGGAGUAACUAACACAGCACAGUAUCAGAACAGAUUAAUGGUGUAUGAACCUACCCAGAAUAAGUGGAUAAGCCGUAGCCCCAUGCUGCAGAGAAGGGUCUAUCAUUCCAUGGCUGCUGUCCAAAGGAAGCUUUAUGUCCUUGGAGGCAAUGACCUUGACUACAAUAACGACCGGAUCCUUGUGCGUCACAUAGAUUCCUACAACAUUGACACUGACCAGUGGACACGUUGUAAUUUCAAUCUGCUGACUGGCCAGAAUGAAUCUGGAGUUGCUGUCCAUAAUGGGAGAAUAUAUCUAGUUGGUGGAUAUUCAAUUUGGACAAAUGAGCCUCUGGCUUGUAUCCAGGUAUUAGAUGUAAGUAGAGAAGGCAAAGAAGAAGUAUUCUAUGGACCCACACUCCCAUUUGCUUCUAAUGGAAUAGCAGCAUGCUUCCUUCCAGCCCCAUAUUUCACAUGCCCUAACCUCCAAACUCUUCAAGUGCCUCAUCACAGGAUUGGCACCAUCUGAAAAGCCACUGCUCGGUUAAUAACCCUCAUGAACAGGGGGAAGAGCAAAGGUCUGACCUUUGGAUUCUGGGGAUGAAAAGCCUGAGUGCUCAAUGCGUCCUUGUCCUGUUUUCUAUAUCUUAUAAUCAGAUAAAUAUUAGCAAAAAACGAACGAUUUUCUAAAAUACAUUAUUAAGAACUCUUCCCAGUGUAUGCCAACAUACAAAAUGUAUGACGUGUACUGUGGUGUAGCUUCGUGUCAGCUGAAUGGUACAUUAUUGUCCGAUGGGUGUUUAAAGCAUUCUUUGUACACUCUUUCUAAUCAGUGCUAUCUAGGACAACCUGACACUGUUCUUAAGACAUUUUCAUACAACGGCAUCAGUGAUCUUAAAAUCUUCCUAUGUACCCUUCCCAUUUAAACAUGGGCUUGUAAUUUUUCUUUUUAAAAUUUAACAUUAUGCAGCCUUGCUCAGUUGAGAUUCAGCGUUAUGACAUCAUAAAUUUUUAAGUGCCAUAUUUUAUUCAAGGUGACAGAAAUAACAGAAGUACACUGGAACAGCAGCUGGCAUACCCAUAUUUUUGCCUUGGUUACUCUGACCUUGAGCCAAAACUUUUUCAUCGUCCUUCAGUUUUCCCACCUUUUAAGGAGCAUAAUUAUUGAUUUCCAUAUUCAUUCAAAAGAAUGUCAUGAGGAUUAGGUAAAAUGCUGACUUUGCCUAAUUAAAAAAACUAUAAAUUAUGAGGUAUUUUACUGUCUUGAGAACCCUAUAAUUGGAGGAGGAGAUAAUUUUUAAGUUUAGAAAUUAUUAGUUUGGAAAACAUGCUAUGGGAUUCUGAAAAGCAUGUGAAAAAGACAUGCCUUUCCUAAGUAGGAAGAGGACAUUUACCAACAUGAGACACCUCAACUUGUAUAAAUACUUGCUCAAAUGAAAAUAAUUCUCUUAAAUAUCUCACUUUAAAUCAUUUAGUGAAAAAUUACAUUUUAAAACUUUAAAAAGUUGUACUAAUUAUGGUAACAAAAAGUGCUUAGACAUAAAUUUGAACCUAGAAUUGGCAGUUCUAAUAAAAGUUUUCCACUUUGUUAAA